UGUAGCCCCCCAGAGGGUCUAUUUGGGUGAAUUUAGGUGAAAUUAUAGAGGCAUAGGCCUCUAGUUGCCAACACAAUGGACGUUCUUGAAUUGUGGAUGAUCAGAAUGGGUAUGAAGAGGGAAAUCCUAGAUAUGGCUCUGCUUAAUGACGGAUUACUGAACUAAGCUUCUGGACUACAAACCUUUCUUUUUAAGGUCUUCAGUAUUUCGACAAAGCUAAGAAAACAAAACAACAAAUCAUAAAAUAACAGGACAUUGCAUUACCUAAAACAUAUUGAAAGAAUAAAAACAUGGCAUUGAUGCCUGUAAAAUUUGACUUGGCCAAGCGAGUUAAGCUGGCCCAAGGACUGUGGCUCUUGUACUGGCUUUGUGUUAUGGCCGGGAUCCUCGUCUUUAGCAUGGGCAUCUUCUUUAAGAUUGAGCUACGCAAGAGAAGCGAGAUGAUGGAUAACAACGAGAGCCAUUUUGUGCCCAACCUGCUCAUCUUGGUGGGACUGGCGGCCUGUGGUAUCAAUGCUUUUGGGGGCAAAGUGUGCCACGACUCCCUUGACACGGCCAAGUUUACCAAGUGGAAACCCAUGUUGAAGUCCUACAUGGUUGGAUGUGUGGUUUUCUCCAUCGCCCUCUUCGUCACGGCCCUGCUGUGUUUUAUGAUGCAGAUUUCUCUGCACUUUGCUCUGACCGACGGCCUGAAGAACGGAAUGAAGUACUACAAAGAUACGGACACGCCGGGACGAUGCUUCAUGAAGAGAACCCUGGACAUGACCCAGAUCGAGUUUCGCUGCUGUGGAAACAACAACUACAAGGACUGGUUUGAGAUCCAGUGGAUUAGCAACCGCUACCUGGACUUCGGCAAUGAGGAGGUUAAAGCUCGUAUCCAAAGCAACGUGGAAGGCAAGUAUCUGAUGGAAAGCGUCCCAUUCAGCUGCUGCAAUCCUGGGUCUCCUCGCCCCUGCAUCCAACAUCACCUGACCAACAACUCAGCUCACUACAGCUAUGACCACCACACUGAGGAUCUGAACAUCUGGACCAGAGGAUGCCGUGAAGCGCUGGUGUCUUACUACGGGGGCAUGAUGAACAGUAUCGGUGCUUUCGUACUGCUGUUCAUUAUCAUGCAGGGAUCUGUGACUGUUGGACUCCAGUAUCUGACCACCUCCCUGGAAACCCUGACAGAUCCAGAGAAUCCAGAGAGCGAAAGCGAGGGCUGGCUUUUGGAGAAGAGCGUGAAGGAGACCCUUUCUAGCAUCAUGGCAAAGAUCAAGACGCUGGGUAAAGGAAGCCAAGUACAGGAGGGAGAUGCACAACCCACUGCAGCAAGCUGAGAAAGCCCCGCCCAUCCCCACCCAUUGGGACUGAGGCCUACAUAUUUUGAUGGAAGGAAAGCAUGAAAGAUGUAAAUAAGA